AUGAAACAUCAUUCUCAACGUAACGAAGUAAAGCGACUGCUGAUUUCUACAUUUCCAGAACAUCUUAUAACAUUUUUUACUCCUCGAUUCAGUUUGAUUUUCAACUCUUAUCGUGACGGUAACGAAAAAGAACUAGAAACCAUAAAAGUUUGUUUAGUUUGCAACUUUCUAGGAAGUAUACUUCAUUAA